CACAAGCCAGAUGGCUGCGAUUGGUAGGCGCACAGGCUCCCUGGUACUACAGUUGAUGAAACAGACUAGGAAGACGUUUUAUGAUCAGCUGCAGGAGCACAAUAAGUCUGCAGCUUUGCUAGCUCUUGCCCCUGUUCUUUGCCUCUGUUGGUGAGGACAUUACAGUGAUGUCUGCAUUCAACUUACUGCAUUUGGUGACCAAGAGCCAGCCAGUGGCCCUGCGAGCCUGUGGGCUUCCCUCAGGAUCAUGUAGGGAUAAAAAGACCUGUAAGGUGGUCUUCUCCCAACAGGAUUUGAAGAAGCGGCUGACACCCCUGCAGUACCAUGUUACCCAGGAAAAAGGGACUGAAAGUGCCUUUGAGGGAGAAUACACAUAUCACAAAGCUCAUGGAGUAUACAAAUGUGUGGUUUGCGGAACCCCUUUGUUCAAGUCAGAGACAAAGUUUGACUCCGGUUCAGGCUGGCCUUCAUUCUGCGAUGUGAUUGCUUCUGACACAAUUACGUUCACUGAUGACUACUCCUUUGGGAUGCACAGAGUUGAGACAAGCUGCAGUCAGUGUGGCUCUCAUCUUGGGCAUAUAUUUGAUGACGGCCCUCGUCCAACCGGUAAACGAUAUUGCAUAAACUCAGCUUCGUUGUCUUUUGAGUCUGCCGACACGAAACAGCCCGGAGAAGGAAGCGUUAGCUCUACUUCUGUCCAAGCAGAUAAGACUGAGCUGUAGAAGGAAGUCAUUUCU